AUGUUGAAGUUCAAAAUAACUUGUGUGUUCCUCGUGGCAAUUGUGGCAAUAUUUGGAGUUUCAGCUGAGGUGUCUGCUGAUGGACCCGAAGAUGCACAUAACCGUAUAAGUCGUGUCAAAGAAGCUAGAGCAGAAGACUCCGCGGAUGGACCCGAAGAUGCACGUGACAAUGGACAUAUAAGAGAAGCUAGAGCAGAAGACUCCGCGGAUGGACCCGAAGAUGCACGUGACAAUGGACAUAUAAGAGGUGUAGUAAAAGUUCGAAUGUUCAGCUAA